AUGAUUUCGACCGCAAUUCUAGAUUUACUGAUCCUUUGUGGUUUAGCCUCAGCUCAACUUGCUCAAAACAUCUCCCCACCUAUCGUCGACCUCGGCUAUGCAAAGUAUGAAGGUGUAUUCAAUGGAACGACGAACGUUACGAGCUUCUUGGGGAUGAGGUUUGCAGCUGCUCCGAUUGGUGAACUCCGUUGGCAGGCUCCUCAGCUACCUACGGACGAGAACGAGAACGGUAUCCAAAAAGCGGUUACACAACCUCUGCAGUGCCCACAAGCCGCGCCAGGUACCGCCGACAGAAACCCAUACCGUGUCAAUACCACCAGUCCAAGCCAUGGUUUGAUGAAACGUUAA